CCAGGCUGGAAGCCGAUGACGCACGGGCAAGCUCUGGCUAAUGGGAACCCUACCCUCCUCGGACUGUAUAAGGAGGUGGACGCAGCAAGCUGGCUGUGACAGAGAAGGAACACUUCUCGGACACACACGGGCGCGCACACAAACACACGGGCGCGCACUCGGGGCAGAUAUUCAAACCCUAGAAAUCCUAAAGGUGCCGAAAAUCCUCCAGACAAGUUCGGUGGCUGCACUCCCAAACUAGCUAUGGAAGGAGUCCCAACUUCCCCUAGAACUGAACGCCCGCAGCUGCGGGCUUCAGUUCCUCUUCUGCCCUCCAAGCAGAUGGAUAAGGCCAAUACUGCUCGCACAGCAGUGGAGAAGAAGCGGGGUGCCCAAUGCAAUGGGUAUUCUGCGAAGGAACAAUCCCGGGCAGAGCGGAAUGAACUAGAGAAAAAGCCCCGGGGCCAGGAGGAAAAGACUGCCCAGCAGGUGGACUCUUGGAAGACGGAGCGGACUCGCAGCGUGGAGGACAACGAGCUGAACCUGCCCAGUCUGGCGGGCGCUUACUCCACCAUUCUGCGCUCCCUGGGUGAGGACCCGGAACGGCAGGGACUGCUCAAGACCCCCUGGAGGGCGGCAACAGCCAUGCAGUUCUUCACUAAGGGUUACCAGGAGACCAUUGCAGAUAUCCUGAAUGACGCUAUAUUUGAUGAAGACCAUGAUGAGAUGGUGAUUGUAAAGGACAUAGACAUGUUUUCAAUGUGUGAACAUCACUUAGUGCCAUUUGUUGGAAAGGUUCAUAUAGGUUAUCUUCCUAACAAACAACUUCUUGGCCUCAGUAAACUUGCAAGGAUUGUGGAAAUCUAUAGUAGAAGAUUACAAGUUCAAGAGAGACUUACAAAACAAAUUGCGGUAGCAGUCACAGAAGCCCUGCGGCCAGCUGGAGUUGGCGUGGUUGUUGAAGCAACACAUAUGUGUAUGGUAAUGAGAGGGGUACAGAAAAUGAACAGCAAAACUGUCACCAGCACAAUGUUGGGCGUAUUCCGGGAAGAUCCAAAGACCCGGGAAGAAUUCUUAGCGCUCAUUAAGAAUUGAAUUGAAAGCAUGUAAAAUAUGAUCUGAAGAUUGUACUGCUAGUGGCAUUGUCUGUUUGUACGUUAUAUUUAAAGUGUUGCAGUAGUGAGAUUUUUUUUUUUUUUUUUUUUGGUCAUUAACUGUCAACUGAAAAUUACUUAUAGGAAAUAAAAAAUAAUAGAGAAGCCCUGUCGUUUAUCACUGCUACCUUUUUAGCAGUAAUGGGAAAGUUGCCCAUUAAGUUUAAAAUUCAUAAAAUCAUAACCCAGAAAAACUGAGGAUACUAGGACUCAGAUGAGAAUUUAUUUUAUCAGAAUAGCCUGAUUAUUUAUGACAUUUAUGCUCAAUAAAUGUGAGCACCAGGUAGGGAGUAUUGGGAGAAAUUAUAUUGAUUGUAGUAAGUUAAAAUAAUGCCAGUUCUUAAAGUGCUUAAAAAAAUUCUAAAUAUGCUAUGGCAUUGCUGUACUGAUUGACAGCUCAGCAAUGUUGACUUUAUUGUGUCAAAUAAUUUAUCAUUUAUGAUAAUUUUAAAACAUUUUCCUUUGUUUACUUAUUUUUGCCCAAAUUUUUUUUUGGUCAUAAAUUCUUAAAAGAUCCAUAUGUUGGAUUUUAUUAUGAAUUAGUUAUAAAAACACAUUGAUACCUAACUUCUCUUAUUCAGUUGCCGGGAAUUGUUUCCUAGAAUGGUUUACUGAUAUAUUCUCAUGUCAACAUGCAGGGAUUUAUACAUUUAACUCUCUGUGCCUUGAUGAGAAUAUCACAUUAUUUACUUUGUAGUAAUAUUGAUUUUUAAAUAAUUUUUAGAAAGAAAUUUAGUGUUAUUGAGGCUGUAAAUAAUAGUUUACACUAAUUUAUCUUUUGAAACUUUUUAGGAUUUAACUUGUGUGUUGCAUGUAGGACAUUCAAAACUUUUCUUUGACUACAGGUCAUUAGUUUCACAAAAUAUUUUUAUAAAUAUUUCCAGGAAACUUGAACUAUCUUUAUCUUUUCCAAGUCUAUAGAACCAGUCGAUGGCCAAUGUUCUAAUGAAAACCUCUGUCAAUGAUCAUUGUAAAAGCACUGUCAGAACUACUACUGUUUAUGUGUGGUAGUAAUUUGUCUUCAGUGUGGCUAAGAUGAGCCAAGCAAACUGUUUGGUGGAGGUUAUUUUAGCUUAGAAAAGUAUUUCUUUAUUAAUGGACAACUUGAAUUUGAUAUUACAGGGGCAUAAGGGGCACAAACUAAAAAAGAUUCAUUUGCUGAUGUCAUUAAUGUAUUAUGGUUUUUAAAAUUUAGGGUUUUGUCUUUUUAAAUAUUUGUUCUUCAAAUACAUCCCAUUACUAAGAAAAAAAUUGUUUUCAUAAUCUAAAACCAAGUAUUUAGCUAUGUAUUGAACUAUUAGUCUAUUCUUGCAUAGCCAUAUUAUUCUGUUCGUGAUCCCAUUUUGCUUUUGAAAGACAAGAGGAAAGACUUAAAAAAAAAAUCUCUACUUAUAGUAAUAAAAUUUUUCUUUCCCCUGAUUUUAGUAGCCAAAUUGAAAUAAAAAUCCUAGGCUCCCCCAAAUCAGUUGUCUCAAUUAGUAGUACUUCUGUAUCUUUCUCAUAAUCCCAAAUACACAAUUAUUUCUUAGUUAUUUCACUCAGUGUUUUGAUCUAACUUUUAAAAGCAGGAUAUUAAAGCCUCAAAAGUCAAGUCUGAAUUGUUUGAUAUUAUUUUUAAAGCAAACACCAUAUGAACUGGAAGACCAAAGAAAUCUUUAGCAGCAAAAUUUUCUUUCUGUAAUAAUUUGAACUCUAUCUUCCUUUUUGUUUAUGUCCUCUCAGUGUUUUCCUGAAAGACCAUUGGAAAAAAAAAAAGCCAUAGGCUAUUCCUGUGUUUUAGUGGUACUGUCAAAAUGAUUACCUAUUUUCCUAUGAACUAUCCUUCUAAUAUACCUCUUAAUUUUCCUUGGCCUUAGAUUGUGUAUAUUGUUAGGAAUUUAGAACUUGAUGCAUUUACUAUACUAUAUAUUUGAUUCAAAUGAAACUUGUUUAAAUUUUAUGUAUUUGUGUAUAUGUUGUGUCUAUUUAAAGUUGGUUCUAUUUAAAAUAUUAAAGUAUUGCUAUUCACUUGCUGCUUGGGUGCUUUUGUGAAUGUAAUAAAUAAUGAGAAUUGAUAGUGGAGGAAAUAGCUAAGUAGUAAAGUUCUGAGACCUAUCUGAACCACUUUUGUUUUGUUAGAAUCAUCACUGUGCAAAUGUGCAAAUUGCAAAGGAUUGAUUGAUUUGCUUUUUAAUGAAACUAGGUCUUUCCAUCUAGCCCAAACUGUAAAUGUGGUGUUUAUUCAUUGUUUGAUCCUAGAUGAUAGUAGAUUUUUGCUAAUAACUUUGUGGAUUCUCCCCCAUCUCUCCUCUGGGGGUUCAUUAUGAUGUUGACCUUAGUGUGGACAUUAAAUAGACACAGCCCACUGCAGCUCACAACUCCUGAACUCAAGACUUCCUCAGCUUCACUCUCCCUGGUGACUUGGAUUAUAAGCUUCAGUGCAAAUGAUAUAUGUAAAAACAAGCUUCUAGAGAAUGUCCUGCCUGCGUCAGCAGAUUCAUCCUAAUAUUGGUUGAAUUAAGUAGUUUCUCUCAUUUCUAGUGAUCCAUGGUAUUGUAUAGUAAAAAUUUUAAUUCAAAGCAGUAACUUUGAGACAUUGUUCUUAACUUUUUGUGUGUCUUGGCUACUCUUUGGGUAGCCUAUGGAAUUGUUCUCAGAAUAAAAUCUUUGAAUGCAUAAAAUAAAAAGAAUUAUGAAGGAAACCAAUUAUAUUGAAAUAGUCACAUAUAUGUAUAUAUUUAUGUAGUGUUUUAAACUUUAGCAACUUCAGAAGAAUAAUGCUACAAACUUAUAAAAAUCAUUUGAAAAGGUAAUUAAAUUUCUUUUGCAGUUAAUUUUGCUUUUUUGAAUUUUUGAUAAUACAUUUUAAAUUGUAAUCUCAACAAGGACAGUUGUCAACAAGACAACAAUCCAUAAUUAUGCUGUAUUUGUGAUAGUCUUUAGAUGACUAGUGAAUUUGUGACCAACUUUCUGUCACUUGAUCUCUCUGUUAGACCUUUUCUUGUAAAGUCACGUCAAAACCUUUAUAUAUGGAUCAAAAUCUUGUUCUCUGAUUACAAAUACAAUCAUUUUAGUCACUGAGCUCAUGAAAUUAUAAAGUUUGAAAAUGAACUCGAAUGAUGUAUACCACAAGAUAGUUAUGUUGAAUAAGAAACAUCAGUAUUUUAAAAUUUUAAGCAAUUGACCUGUCAAAUGUUGUUUUUCUAAGUUUGUUGCAUUUAUACUUGUGAAAUUAUUAAAGUUUAAAACU